UGUCAUUCAUCGAGUCGUUUUAACAACGAUAAAAACUGGCCUGUCAUUUUUUCUCUCUUUUUUUGCACAUAGUUUUAUCCCUUCGGAACGGUUUAGCUAGUCAGCUGGUACAACAUUAGCUGCUUGGCUAGUUCUGCUGUGCUAACUGGACAGUGAGAGGUCCGUCCACGGGACGAGAGAGCAUUUGUGUCUUGAGAAAGACCUGGUAAGAGUACACUCAAAAUGAGCAAGAAACCUCCAAAUCGACCAGGGAUCACUUUUGAGGUUGGUGCCAGGGUUGAGGCCCAAGACUACCUGCAAAAAUGGUACCCUUCACGUAUCGAAAAGAUUGAUUACGAUGAAGGAAAGAUGCUUGUGCAUUUUGACCGUUGGAGCCAUAGGUACGAUGAAUGGAUUCUCUGGGACAGCAACAGAGUUCGACCAUUAGAGAGGCCGGCGCUUCGCAAAGAGGGUCUCAAAGAAGAGGAGGUGUCUGAGAGACUCAGCGAGAUGAGAGCAUCUCGCCUUCGUGAGCUUCCUGAAGGUACAGAGAGCACAGAGGACCAAAAAGACUUACCCCAGCAGAGACAAGAAUUGAGAGAUGGUGAGGAGGUGCUUGCCCGAUGGACAGAUUGCCGCUACUACCCUGCCAAGAUUGAAAGUAUCAACAAGGAAGGCAUUUACACUGUACAAUUUUAUGAUGGGGUCAUUCGCUGUGUGAAAAGAAUCCAUAUCAAGUCCAUGCCAGAAGAUGCAAAAGGACAAAAGGACUGGAUCGCUCUGGUGAAGGCUGCUUCAGCUGCAGCCAAGAAUAAAGGAGGGAACAGACCACGUACCAGCGCCAACAGCAACAAGGACCGAGAGGACAGGAGGGAACAGCGGUCAGAUGAAGAGCUUGAGGAUGACGAAGAUGAUGAUGUUGAGAGUGAAUCAGAGAAACUUGCAGAACUGGACUCGGAAGAGGAGGACAGUAAGCCAGCUGCUGAAGAGCUCGAACCUGCUACAGCAAAAAGGAGGCGCAAAAGACAAGUCAACUUGUGCAGCAGUAAAAGGACACGUCUCAGCAAGGGGGCAGGAUUUGCUGACACUGAGUCUGAAUGCAAAGCAGAGUCAAAAGAGCUUCCAGUGACAUCACAGCAGAAAGCGUCAGGUGCAGAGGCUAGUCCAGCUGAUGAGAGAUCCCAGUCCGUCAGUUGUCAAAAAACCCCAGCAUCCCUCUCUAGCCCAUCCCUGUGCAAGUCUCGCUCAAGAAGACUCAAACAUGACUCGGGAGAGUCCACCACUAGCAGUCAGAACACAACUGCAGCCCCCGAACCCAGUCCUUCACCCAGUUCAACACACACCCUCCCAGACAGUACACAUACAGUCCCUGCCAACUCUCUUCAGAGAAGGAGACGAUCUCAGCGUCUAGCAACAAGCUCUGACCAGGCUUAUCCCUCUUCACCACACAUAAAGGAUUCUAGCACUCACCCUCCUCCUCCUCCUCCUCCUCCACCAGAUGACUCUCAAAAAGCUGUUGAAGACAGCAGCACUGCAGUUAAAACAGAAGCUCCUCCACAAAAGCCAGCUUCAGGAAGCCCAUCCACAGCUCCUCCUACUAGCAUUGCUCAGUCACCAAUCUGUGAGAAGGACAAGCUGACUGACGUGUUGUCCAGUAAUCAAACAACACUUGAAGGGAACUCGCCUUCUGUAGUGGCAGCUGCAUGUCAGAAAGUCCCUUCCAGGAAUCCUAAAGCCAACAAACAUGCCAGAGAGCCAAUUAUUAAUACCAAGAAGUCUGAUGACCCCACUGCUCCCAAUGAGACUAUAAUAGACCUGGACCAUAAUAAAUUUAAGUGUAAAGUCCCUGGCUGCUCUAAAGCAUUCCGGAAAGCAAAACUGCUGGACUAUCACCUGAAGUACUAUCAUAACACUGAGAAAGAAAUGGACAGCGAGGUCUGUUCACCAGAGAGGGUGGGCCGCACUAGGGCCACAUCUGCUUCCAUGCCUACAAGCACCUUGUCAGAUAUGUCAGAUAACAAGAGACGCAGGACCGUCUCUACUUCUUCCUCUCUGUCCUCUCAGGGCUUCAUGCUUCAAAUGGACAGCUCUGGCUGUGCGAGGCCUCCUAAGUUCUGUAAGAAGAAACGUUCUUCUGCUUCUGUCAGUUCAGACAGUACAGAGGUCUCCCUACCACCUCCCAACUUUGAUAAUCUCCACGACAAGAUUAUCAAGAAAGAAAAGCACCUAGAUGGGCUUUGUAUAAAGACAGAGCGGAAAUUCAAACUGGAGGAUAAAUGUCAGUUGUUUGUGAAAAAGAGGGAUAAAGACAGAAGGGACAGGAAAGAGAAGGACAUUUUCAGAAUUAAACAGAAGAAAAAGAAAAAAAAGAAGAAGAAAUCAAAACUGCACUGUUACUCAGAUCUGGAUGAGAUGUCGUUGGCUUAUUUGGAUAGGCCGUCUUCCCCAAUACAUCGUUCUUCCUCUAGUGCCUUCAAGCACAGCACCUUCCAAUACCCUCGUGCCAUACUGUCCGUCGACCUCACCGGGGAGAACCUAUCAGAUAUCGACUUCCUGGAAGACUCGACCACUGAGAGUUUGCUGUUCAGUGGAGAUGAGUAUAACCAGGAUCUAGACUCGAUCACUAUGGAGGACUUCCAGGAUGAGGAUGAUCAUGGUGCCAAUGAAAUCGUUCGUUGCAUCUGUGAGAUGGAUGAAGAAAACGGCUUUAUGAUUCAGUGUGAGGAGUGUAUGUGCUGGCAGCACAGUGUGUGUAUGGGACUUUUGGAGGACAGCAUCCCUGAUCACUACAUAUGUUACAUCUGCAGAGACCCUCCAGGUCAGAGGUGGAGUGCUAAAUUCCGCCACAAUAAAGACUGGCUCCAAAAGGGCCACAUGUAUGGCCUUUCCUUCCUCACAGAGAACUACUCGCAUCAGAACGCCAAGAAGAUUGUGUCCACUCACCAGCUGCUGGCUGAUGUUUACAGUGUUAAAAACUUGCUUCAUGGCCUUCAGCUGAAGAUGGAUAUUUUACAGAACAAACACAACCCAAGUUUGCACUUGUGGGCCCGUUCUUGGGUGAACUCUGAUGAGGACCAGCCUAUGGGUGGCGUUCCAGACUGCCUACAUUUCAGAGAGCACCUCAACCAGAACUCAAGCCCUGAAACUUAUAUUACCAGUGAGCACAGCUACCAGAAACCUCCCGGUACAGGCCUCGAACAUACAAGGGAUGAGCAGGGGAUGCAAAUGGCCUCUCAGUUUAACCGAAAGGAAGAAGAGGUGAGCAGCGCCAUUGCUCUGUCUGGCUGUGUGAAUGACAGCAAUAUGGGCUCCAUGGAGCAGGCCAGGAACUGUCUGCAAUGGCAGAUGAACCUGCUUACACACAUAGAGGAUGUUCAGAACCAGCUGUCUGGCCGUAUGGACCUUAUUGAGAAAGAGCUUGAUGUGCUCGAGAGUUGGUUGGACUUCACAGGAGAAUUGGAGCCCCCUGAACCCCUGGCCCGACUCCCACAGCUCAAGUGCCGUAUCAAACAGCUUCUGACGGACCUGGGGAAAGUGCAGCAGAUGAGCACCCUCUGCUCUGUGUGAUACACACAUUAUAGUCUGUGUAAUGGGUCUCUGACGAAACCUCACGUUUCUUCGCACACAACUACGUGUUUGAGAAGCUUUACUUAACAUGAUUCUCCGGUUCAGUAGAUGUGCUCUUUGUGAAGUAAAACGUUGGCCAUUGCCAAAUAUGAGAUAAUGAAAAUUCACACAUAAUGUGUGAAACAGGAAGAUGUUGGUGUGUUCAUGUUGAGUCAAAAAACAUAUCUGCGUAAAGAAGUUUUUGUUCUCCAAAAUAGGAAGAGCUCGCUAUAGCAGAUUAAUUCUUUCUCAUGUUCACAGAAGGAAGUAUCUAUUUUAUAUUAAAAAAAAAAAAAAAAAAAAAAAAAAAAACUGAAGAGGUCACAACACCACACAAAAAUGUAACUUUUUUUUUUCAUCAGUUAGACCCCCAAAGCAAUUCAGUCUGUAUUUCCACUCUGUGAGCUUAAGGAAAUAUGAACUUGACUGAAGAGGGUCACUGAUAGCAGACUUGUUUAAGAGUUCAUUAAUGUUUGAGGAAAAAAAUCUGGUUAUAAAGGUUCUCACCACUUAAAAAGUCACUUUAAAGUGCCAAGAAAACAGACCACUGUGGUCUUUACCCCACCCCCACUCCGACACAAAGUCCAGGAUUUACAAGUUUUUGAAAUAGAUGUUGCAUUUUAGACCAUUUGCACUCUGAUACACUGGCACUAAAGGUUCACAAUGCCAACAAGCUCAUUAGACCAACAUCUAGAUAGUUUCCAUACAACAACUCGUCUAAUACUUUAGCAUGUUUCUCUACAGUCUUGAUGGAUGCUGUAGGAAUUCACAAGAAAACAGGCUACUCUAACUUUAUCCAGGAUGUCCAGAGAUAGGUGACUCUUCUCACUAAUGUCUGUUUAUCAUGUUGAUACUUUGAGAGUUGCUGCCGUGAAGUAAGCUAAUCCUGAGAUGGAUGUAAAUGCAUAUAUUGAAUCCAUUUUGUUCAUCUUUUUCCCUUGAAAAAUCUAUAUACAGUUUUUAUAACUGUAAGGAGAAAAAAAACUAAGGCAUAAGAGGAUAAUACUUGAAAAUGCCUGUUUAAUCUCAAUUUCUAUUAAUCUGUACAAAGAGUGUUUUAGAAUUUAGAUUUAAAACUUGAAGUUUCUUUUGAUGAGAAAUACCAGCUGUACAUUUAAAGAGUUUAUUUAAAGACCUGAUGUAAUUAUCUGUAUGUACAACUUCAUUAAAAAAUAUACUAAACAUU